AUGAAACACGAUUUUAUUAAGGAAAGGGAUUUCAAAAUAAUCGAAAAAAUCGGAGAAGGUGCCUUUGGUUAAGUAUAUAAAGGAUUGUACAAGGGAGAAGAAGUUGCAAUAAAAUCGAUGCAAGGUGCUUAAUUAUAAGAAAACUCUAUUAUGGAGAAUCUUAAGCACAAAAACAUUAUUAAAUUUUACAAAUACUUUAAACAAGGAAAUAAUCAAUACUUGGUGAUGGAAUAUGCUGGAGGUGGUUCUCUUAGUGAUUACAUGAAAUAAAGUUUAGAUGAGGAAACAAUAAGCACAAUUAUGAGAUCUAUAUUUGCAGCUGUAGAGUAUCUCCAUUCUCAAUAGAUAAUCCAUCGAGAUAUUAAACCAGAUAAUAUCUUAAUAAAAAAUAGUGAAGAUCUUUCGAGUGUUAAGAUUGCUGACUUUGGCUUAAGUUACUAGUAUAUGCCAGAAAUUCGAUAUUAUCAAACAGUUUCGUAAUAAUGUGGCACAUUUAUAUUUAUGGCACCUGAAUAAAUAUUAAAUAAAGCAUACAAUAAAGCUGUUGAUAUGUGGUCAUGUGGUGUCGUCUUAUAUAUGUUAUUAAAUCAAGGCGAGCAUCCAUUUUAUCCUCGAAUUUCAACCAAAAAGGAAUUCAUCAAUAGUUUUCCAGAUCUAAAAUAUGAACAACCUUUCCAUGCAUCAUUAUUGGCAAGAGAUCUUCUCUAAAGACUACUGCAAUAUGAUUAGGAUUCUCGAUACACUGCAGCAUAGGCAUUGGUUCAUCCAUGGAUCACUCGAAAUUUUAGUCAACCUAUUCCAAUGAGUGUAAAAGAAUUUGGCAUUUGUCAAGAAUAAAAAAAGAAAUUUUUUCAAUUUUUAAAAGCUUUAUUAUUUUUAAAUCAAGUUCAAGAAGAUUCAAUCAAACAAUCCCCUAUCCAAUCCAAAACUGAUUUAGGAGAUUUUAAGAUAUCAAUUGUCGAAUUUGAUGAAGACAACUAUGAACAAGAAUAUUAAGAUACGAACAGUCCUAAAAAUUAGCAAUUCUUAAAUAAGUUAUCCAUUCAAAGACCAAAUAAAAUUUUAAAAUCCUAUCGCACUCUUAAUAACAUCCCUUACAAAGGCAAACAUUAUCAAUUAAAUUCAAUUCUAAAUUAAACCAAUGAGUCACCAAUCAGAGAUUUUAAAAAACUUAAAUUUUAACAGCAAUUUAGCAUUGACAAUGAUUAAAUAGUUAUUCCAAAAGAUCCAGAAUCUCCAAAAAAAUAACUAAGAGGUACCUAAUCAAAUAAACUACUCCUGCCUGCAUUAACAGAAUCAACAUAAGUUUCUCUUAGUCCAAUAAAGCAGAAAUAAAAACCGCAUAUUAAACAAAACUCCUUUAGAAAAUCAGAAACUUCCUUUUUUAUGGGUUUAAAUAGGUUGAAUAAUGAUUCUGCUUUAGAGACAGGAACUUUUAGAAAUAGAGUUGAGACAUAUGAUAGAACUCAAAUCCCAAUUAUAAACACUUAGAGAUUUUAUGGAAGAAACACAAUUACACAUUUAGUAACAUCUCCCAAGAAUAGCAUUGCUACAUCAACCAAUCUUCUUCUUCCAAAGAAAAUAAUAUGA